GAUAAAUUAUAUCAUAUGAGUUGAUUCUGAAAAAAUCUUCUGCGUAUCAAUUUCAUUGACAUUAUCAAUAAAACGUUUAUCUCAUAUAAGAUUAAUAGAUUUUAAGCGAAAUCUCUAUGUCAGUCAGUAUUGAAAAUUGAAGUGUAUCAGCAUCAUGCGCCCUUACAUAAGUGUAUUUUGUGUUAUACUCUGUGCUAUUCUGGAUGACGUUUUCACGAGGGUAUUACCACCAGAAUAUCCUACAGUCGAGACCGUUUCAGGACUGGUGGUUGGGUCCGUAGCAAGAGAUGGAGACUAUUAUGAAUAUCUUGGUAUACCUUACGCGGAUUCCACAUCAGGCAGUCACAGAUUCAAGGCCCCAGUUCCACCACCACACUUUACUGAACCGUUUAUUGCAAGCCGAAGGGAUAUAAAAUGUGUAAGAGCUAUAGGAGCUGGUUACGAAGGAACAGAAGAUUGCUUGGUAGUCAAUGUUUAUACACCUACUCUAGAUGACACAAAAGAACUACCUGUCAUGGUUUGGAUAAAAGGACGUGAAUUUGAUCAGACCCACGACCAAGAAUUGUCUUUUAAGCAAUUCGUAGAAAAAGAUAUCGUUGUAGUAACUUUGAACUACCGUGAAUCGAUAUUAGGUUUUUUGUGUCUUGGUACAGAAACAGCUCCUGGUAAUGCUGGACUUAAAGAUAUCAUAGCUGGCUUGAGAUGGGUUAAGGAAAACAUUGCUGCAUUCGGAGGCAAUCCGGACGAUGUUACUCUUUUUGGUCAUGGCACUGGUGCUGCAGCUGUAGAUUUAGUAACAAUUUCACCAAUGGCAGAAGGUCUUGUAAAUAAAGCUAUUUUACAAAGUGGAAACGCACUGGCUCCAUGGGCUGUUAGUCGAGACAACUUACAUUAUGCAGUAAAAGUCGCAGAAGCACUUGGACAUAUUUUCACAGAUGUUGAGGAUCUUUCAUUACUUUUUUCAAGGACUAGUGUCCCUGCAUUAAUGGCCGUCAUAAAUGAACUUGAUUUGACAGACAACUCGUUAGCAUUUUCACCUUGCAUGGAAAGAGAAGAUUUAGAAACCCCCUUUAUGAUAAAAUCUCCGUUUGAAAUAAUUAGUAAAGGAGAAUUCUUGCAAAUUCCUAUCAUAACUGGUUUUGUUGAUAAUGAAGGCACUAUUAGAUCAGAAGAAUUAAUAGAAUCCAGCUGGUUGCAUAAAAUGGCAAAUAGUUUUACUGAUUUCUUACAAUCAGACUUGAAAUUUGAAUCAAAUGAAGAACGAGAAGAAGUUGCUCAUAAUAUAAAAACAUUUUAUUUUGACGACGAAGAGAUUAACAUGCACAAUAUUAAUGAAUAUAUUGCAUAUCACGGAGACACCAUGAUCUUAGUUUCAUCGAUAAGGGAAUCACGCCUUCGUGCUACAUCUUCCACUGCUCCCAUAUAUCUUUACCAAUUUUCUUACAAAGGGUCAUUGGGAGAAUCAUUUGAGGGUCCCAUACCAGUAGAGAGUGCAGGUCACAGUGAAGAACUAGGGUAUCUGUUUCCAGAGCUGCAGACUACAGACUAUAUUUCUGAAAUGGAUCUAACAGUAGCUGAUAUCCUUGUAGAAAGAUGGACAAACUUUGCGAAGGAUGGCAUUCCCACAAGCGAGAGUUCUCAGAUAGAAUGGUUGCCAUUUACUGCUGAAAAUCCCCACUAUCUAAGAGUCCUCAAUCGCGAUGAAAUAAGUGAGAGUGCUGGUACUUUAGAAGUAGACCUUAUUAAUCCUCACAUUGAAAAGGUAAACUUUUGGAACAGUAUCUACGAAGAUCACUUUUUGGAUGCAGAAUCUAAAUGGGAAAUCACAACAGAUGCUGGUGAUGACUAUGAUGAAUUAAUUUUCAAUCAAGGUAAAGAGACUCCACGCAAUGAAGACGACAAUGAUGUAGGAGUAAGCCGCACAGAAGAUAAUGGUGAAGAAAAUAACGAAAAUGACAAUGCACAUGAAGAAAAAGAGGGUGACAAUGAAGAUGAAGAUAUCGAGGAUGAUAAUGAAGGUGAAGAUAAUGAAGACGGCAACGGUGAGGGAGAAGAUGAGGACGAUAAUGGGGAGGAAGAAGAUGAGAAUGACAACAAUGAAGGAGAAGAUGAGGAUGAUAAUGGUGAGGAAGAAGAUGAGGACAACAAUGGGGAGGAAGAAGAUGAGGAUGACAACGGUGAAGGAGAAGAUGAGGAGGAUAAUGGUGAGGAAGAAGACGAGGAUGACAACGGUGAGGAAGAAGAUGAGGACAACAAUGGGGAGGAAGAAGAUGAGGAUGACAACGGUGAGGAAGAAGAUGAGGAUGACAACGAUGAAGAUGAAGAUGAGGACGACAACGGUGAGGAAGAAGAUGAGGACGAGAAUGGGGAGGAAGAAGAUGAGGAUGACAACGAUGAGGAUGAAGAUGAGGACGACAACGGUGAGGAAGAAGAUGAGGAUGACAACGAUGAAGAUGAAGAUGAGGACGACAACGGUGAGGAAGAAGAUGGGGAUGACAACAAUGAGGAUAAAGAUGAGGACGACAACGGUGAGGAUGAAGAUGAGGAUGACAACGGUGAGGAAGAAGAUGAGGAUGACAACGAUGAAGAUGAAGAUGAGGACGACAACGGUGAGGAAGAAGAUGAAGACGAAAAUGGGGAGGAAGAAGAUGAGGACGAGAAUGGGGAGGAAGAAGAUGAGGAUGACAACGAUGAGGAUGAAGAUGAGGACGACAACGGUGAGGAAGAAGAUGAAGACGAAAAUGGGGAGGAAGAAGAUGAGGACGAGAAUGGGGAGGAAGAAGAUGAGGAUGACAACGAUGAGGAUGAAGAUGAGGACGACAACGGUGAGGAAGAAGAUGAGGACAACAAUGGGGAGGAAGAAGACGAGGAUGACAACGGUGAAGGAGAAGAUGAGGAUGAUAAUGGUGAGGAAGAAGAUGGGGAUGACAAUGAUGAGGAUGAAGAUGAGGAUGACAACGGUGAGGAAGAAGAUGAGGAUGACAACGGUGAGGAAGAAGAUGAGGAUGACAACGAUGAAGAUGAAGAUGAGGACGACAACGGUGAGGAAGAAGAUGAAGACGAGAAUGGGGAGGAAGAAGAUGAGGAUGACAACGAUGAGGAUGAAGAUGAGGACGACAACGGUGAGGAAGAAGAUGAGGAUGACAACGAUGAAGAUGAAGAUGAGAACGACAACGGUGAGGAAGAAGAUGAAGACGAGAAUGGGGAGGAAGAAGAUGAGGAUGACAACGAUGAGGAUGAAGAUGAGGACGACAAUGGCGAGGAUGAAGAUGAGGAUGACAAUGGUGAUGACAACGGUGAUGACCACGAUUCUGCUGCUAACGUUGUUUCAUAUACGUUUUCAAUUAUAUUUUUUUUCACCAUUUUAGAAAAGAUACACUCGAUCGUAAUGCUAUCGUAGCACAUAAACAUAAUUAUCUAGUUAAUAAUUUAGGAACUUUCAGAGACUUUAGUAAAUAUUAAGGACAAAAUUAUCUUGCCUAGAUUUUAAAAUUAAAUCUUGUACAAGGUAAUGUAAUGUAUAGCUAAGCCGAAUGUCUAAUUAAGAUGCCUUAAUUAGAAGCAUUGAUUAAUUUAAAAUAUUAAAUUCGUAAUUUUCAACACAAUUGAAAAUAUGUCUUAAUUUUAAAUUAUAUGUACUUAUAUCAAGUAUGUUUUUAUUUAUUUUUAAGUAUUUAACUGCUAGAUGUUUAAAUCUAAAGAAAAUUUUACUAGAAAAAAAAUCCACGCGGUUUUUUUUUUCUAGUAAACUUUUCUUUAUAUAUCAAAUAAUUUAUAAAGUUUCGCAUAAUAUUUGAUGAGUUUUGCAUACAAUUUGAACAAGUGGUCGAUUGUGCGGAAAUAUGUGAUAGUGCGAGGGUUGAACAGAAUUAAUUAGGUCUUAGUUAGUAUAUAGUGCCAAUAAAAUGUUUUAUUUUUUGUAUAUUUGACUUAUUUUACUAUCUUCAACCCGCGGUUCUCUUUGUGUGUUCAUAGACAAGAAGUACAGUACUCCAGCAGUGGAGCCGUUAAUAGACCAAUCAUAACUAAGCACGACCUUCUAUAUUUUUUAUUACACUAAAUCAUGCUGCUGAAAUAUACGUAUUAACAUACAGUAGUUUUGCUAAUCUUUUUUUAACAAUUUAAACUAGUCCUAGGAUUUAACAGAAACAUGAUUAAUGGCUAAUCGGACAUAUUUUUAAUAUUCCUAUCUAAUUACUCAUCAAUAACUCUACUCGCCAUUUGUAAGACGAUUUUUUAAUUAAAUUUAUUUACACUCAUGCUUUGAAACCUCUAUUAAAGGUUCUGAAACAGUUAGCUUAUUACCAAUGUUAAAACAUCCAAUGUCAUAAUAACACUCUUUAGCUUUUUUAAAUCCCUUACGCGUAAGGGAUUUAAAAAAGCUAAAGAGUGCGCCAAGGGCUUGCUCAUCAGACAGCCACAAUUGUCACUGCUCGAUGAGUAUUAAGUAUCUAAGUACCUUCUAUUAAAUUUUCAUCUUAUCCUACUAUUUGCAAAACUGCGUUUUGUGUUUUCUUAUCUACUUUUGAAGUUAUCAGCUAUUCCAUUUUAUUUUUCUCUUUAGCGCACAUUGUAUAGGCUAUCCACCUGAUAUUGCGCCGGUUAUUUUGUUUGUAAAUUAUAAAUUAAUUGUAAUUUUUUACUCACUUCAUGUCAUACUCAAUAUUGUAAAAUAAUAUUAGUGAAUAAAUCUAAAAAAAUAUCUGUAACUGUACUCAAUAUAAAGAAUGCAUUUAGCUAGCAUAGCAGAGAUGGCUCUAAGACAAUAUAAAAAAUAUACACUCGAGAGCAAUGAAUCCGGGUCACAUAAAUAAUAGUUUUUUUAUCUUAUCGUUUUAUGUCUUUCGCUAGUUAAAGAGCCGUUUUUUAUGAACACCAGUUCUGUGCGACUCUUAGAAGAAAUUCCGGCCCACACAAGUACAGACCCACCAACGUAGGCUACUUUUUCUUCGAUGAAUGCUUGCUUGAAUCUUUCCCCAGGUCAUCUAUAUACUCUGUGCCUUUCAUCGUGCUUGUAGAGCAUAAAUUUUGAUUCGUCGAAGAACAUAACUUUUGAAUUAUCAUCAAUAGUCCAAUUUGAAUGGUUCUGGGCAUAUCUUAGUCUUGAAAUACGAUGCCCUCGCUCUAGUUUAGGGCCGUUUGCACGUGUAAGUGGUUUAAAGCUAGCAUCAACAAGUCGUAGUCUUACUGUCCAUGCGCUUGGGUUACUUCCUCCGAGGCGUCGAAAUUGAUUUGUAAUUUCAGUUUCUAGGUCGGUCAUUGGAUGGGUGACCAAAAAUUACUAUCUCGAGCUCCUCCGUGCUUCGGAAGGCACGUUAAGCCGUUGGUCCCGGCUGCAUCUGCAGUCGUUAGCACCCACCAAUCCGCACUGGGCCCGCGUGGUGGGUCAUGGCCCAAUCUCCCUAUUCCAUCCAUAGGGAAGGCUUGUGCCCCAGCAGUGGGGACAUUAAUAGGCUGAUGAUGAUGAUGAUGAUGAUGUGGAAGCGAUUUCGAAGCAUGGUAUUCACCAAGUAUCGAUCUUCUCGUGCUGUGGUACACCUGUUUCUGCCUGUUCCUGGUCUGCGUAGGUUAGAGCCAGUUUCCUCGUAAUGUCGGUGAACUCUUUGUACUGUUGACAGCGACACACCGACAGUCCUGGCUGUAUCGCGCUGACUCCUGUCGGUAUCCAGCAUUGUGAGAAUUCUGGUGCAUUCUUCAGGUGUAAAUGACAUAAAUGCAGCUUGAAUAAAUAAUAUUGAACACUAUUGACAUGGUUUAUAUGAAUGAUAAAUGACAGAUUAGAAUCAAAAACAAAAAUCUAAUUCAGUAAUUUCGUAGUUCCAUCUUCGAAAGUCUCUCUUUUUCAAAUUUGAUUUUUUAUGAUAUAAAUUUACAAUAACUAAGAAGUUUUAAUACCUUCAAUUAAGGAGUAUUUAAAUGUUUAUUAAUUCGAAUUUAUUUCAUUAAGGCAUUCUUAGUUUGUGAGAUUUUUAGGCUUCUUUAAGUGAACCGGAUUCAUUGCUAUCGAGUGUAUUAACUUGAAGUAAAAGCAUUUUUAAGUUAAUCAAAAGCAAACUAAAAUUAUAAUAAAAGUCACGAAGCUGGUUCUUAAGAGACAGAUUUUUUAGACGACAUUUACAAAGAAAUUUUUCUACAAAUUUUAAGGAUUCCCACGCAAUGGAACAGAGGGCGGUGAAGAAGGAAGCGGUGAAGAAGGAAGCGGUGAAGAAGGAAGCGGCGAAGAAGGUAGUGGUGAUGAAGAUGAAGAAUGUGAUGAAGACACCGAUGGUGACUGUGAUUCUGCUGCUACCGCUGCUGCAUAUACAUUUUCAAUUAUAUUUUUAUUCGCCAUUUUAGAUAAAAUACAUUCGAUCGUAGUACUAUCGUAGUUAUAAGAUUAUGCUAGUAAGUAAUUUAAGAACUCCCUGAGACGGCAGUAAAAAAUAAUUACUAAAUUAUCUUGUACAGAUUUUGCAAUUAAAUCUUAUACAAGUAAUAUGUAUUGUAUUGCUUCGUCAAAUCUCUAAUUAAGAUACCUUAAUUAGAAGCAUUUCAUAAUAAAGAUAUAUAAGAUAUUAUUUUUUAUAAACUUAUUUUGAGGUAGUGGUGUCCUAUUUAGAUUUUAUAUUAACAUAUAUAUUUUUAGUUUCACAUAAUUAUCCAAAAAGUACUCACAUCAAUUGUGUGACAACAUGAGGCAGUGCUGCAGUGCAUGAGGCUUUCCUAAACGUAAAUCCAUUUGGCGUUGGCUGAACACAAAUUAAUAAAGUAUUAGUUAAUGUAAAUUAACAAUAAAAGUGAUUUUGUGGUG